AGACAUACGAACAUGAUCACGAAGAAGAAAAUCCGGGAUAUAUACAACAAAACACGAGAUGAUCCAUCGGAUUUGGAGUGCGAAGCUCACGAAGAAUGAUUAUGAGGAGGAAGGCGGAGAUGAAAAAGACAAGAAGAAAUAUACGAGUAUGUAACAGGACGACAACGACGACUAGUAGAAAGAUAGGGCAAUGUAGAAGAGGGCGGCGUGGAGAAGGUAUGUACACGAGGUAGCGCAGGUAGAGCGUUGACAAGAAGGAAAGGAAGACAAAGAAAAGGACGAAAAACGAAUGUGCGAUAAUACAUAUUAUAAUGAAGUGAGUGCGUGCGCAAAGUCUGGAAAACGAGGAAAGGAGAUUAGAUUGAUAAGAUGAGACGUGUUCAGACUAGAAUAGCCCAGAAUCGAGAUGACGCAGGUUGGAGACUAUCAGCAGGAGACGAAAUGGGGUCCAGCGAAUGUCGUUCCUCGGCACAAUACGCAAUGUCCUGAAAGGAACGUCGACCGACGCAAUUGCCAACUGUCGACCCCCACGCACGGGCUCAGACGAGAGACGCAUAGUCUUAAAAGAGGGACACCAGCCCACUCCCAUGCGUUCGCCAUACAUAGCGCCACGCCGCCACAUAACCCUCGACCCUCGACUCCAGUUCCACAUCGGCAUCCAAUCGAUCUCAUUGCUUCGAUAUCCUGUGUUGCGCCGUCAUUCGGAUAUCAAGAUAGUUUUGUUUCGUCUAAUCGGAGGUGGUGGUUGAAGAGGGCAAGCGAGCGAGGAUCGUCGGAAAGAGAAGCGGGGGUAGUUGUAGAUCGUCAAUCGAGGGCGGAUGAAAACGGGAAAGUGAGGGCGGUGAAGGAGGGGUAGUCCGGAGUGGUUUCAAAUAGUCAAGAAAACGAGAUGUGAGGGAGGGCGAAGGCGAGGGAUGACUAGUCCUUGAACGAAGUAAAAAUCCACUUGAGCAGCGGUCGAUGUGGCGAUUGUUUCGACGGCAUCGUCGACCUCGACCUAACAUCCACCAUCCUCGCCGAAUACCCCGGCGGAACCGCAACAUACGUCCCUCCCCUCGUCAUCCCGGUACCAACCCCAACACCCGGCACAUAAUCCUACAUAAUCAUAACUCUUCCUCAACACAUUCCUUUCCUUGCCCGUAUGAUCGUACACACAUAAUGUUGGUAAUGAUGCCCCGGCGGCAUAGUAUUCGACCGCCUUGGUUCCCUUCGCGGCAGCACAGCCGAAACGGGCUGCGGGACUGGGAUCGGACGUGGUGUUGGCGCUGGGGCGGGUGAAGGACCGGGGUAGGAGUAUGAACGGGAACGUGUGCGGAUGGCGGUCGGCUCGGCGGAUGGAGAACGGACAUGACGUGGUUGGGUCUGUGGGGUCUGUGGUGGCGGUUUAUAUGGUUGGGCGGGAGGGAACCGCUGCUGUUGACGAGCGGUUGUGGUAGACGCAGAGACUGGGGAGGUCACUCGGGAGGCGGAGCGGGAGCGGUGUGGUGUGAUUGUGUGGGAGGAGACGUGGGAGGAGUUGUUCGGAGGAGAGGGAUAGCGGGAUCCGGAGAGGAUCCGGAGCGGGUGUGUGUCUGGGGCUGAGUCUGACUCUGGAGCUCUUUGUCGUAGACGUGUCGAUGAGUGUACUGCAGAUGACUCCCCGCCGAAACGUCCCUCGUCUUCGACCGCGUCGGCUGCAUCCUCGGCGGAGGCGCUCCCUGUGCACCCGCCCUCGCCUCGCCGCCGUCAUAUGGAUGAGGCAAGUUCUGUUGUGAAUGGUAUACAUGCUAUGGGUGGGAAUGGGAUACGGAUUGAGACCGCUCUCGGGUCCGCGAGCGCGUGGCGACUUGGGAGGGCGUGGACUACCGCUGAGUGAGUGGGUGUACGGCGUGUACUUAGCGGCUCCUCGUCUUCACUGGAGUAUUU